UGGCUGGUGACACGUGCAUGAUCCACCGUGAGAUGUUUCUGACAGGUGUCUGCUACAGUGGAGGGUGGCGCCAUUUCAAUGUCCAGAACCGCUGCAUGAAUGGGGGCGAAUAUGACCAGGACAAGCUAAGCUGUCAAUGUUAUGGUGGCUAUAUCGGCCAGUUCUGUGAAAGAAUCAUGCAGGAUUGUACUGAAGGAUAUGACACAGGCCAUUAUACGAAGGGGAGCGGAAUAUACUUAAUUUACCCAAAUAUGGCGCCCAGUCCUUUCAAAGUCAAGUGCAAUAUGCAAUACCGUGGCCUUACAUAUAUUCAAAUGCACAAAGACGGAUCUACCAAUUUCAAUCGGUCGUGGCAAGAGUACAAAGAUGGCUUUGGGGAUGUCACCAAGGAUUUCUGGCUUGGAAACGACAAACUUGUUUACCUGACAAAUAAACGUCCUCAGAUGCUUACCUUUAUAUUUAAGGAUAUGAGUUCUACACGACAGCGAGUAUACAAACAUUUCACCCUAUCCCAAGACGGCCUCUACACAAUGACAUACCAAACAUCAUGGGGGGCCACACUUCCUGAAAAACAUGGAGGUGAUUGUUUAGCCGAACUAAAGGGUCAGCCCUUCUCUACCUUCGAUAGAGAUAAUGAUGACAGUCUUCUGAACUGCGCUCAAGAACACAAGUCUGGAUUCUGGUUCAAGAGCUGCACCCCCUGUAAUCCCAAUGGUGUUUGGUCUGAGACGCCGGACAAGAAGAGAGCUGGAGUACCUUGGGAGAUGUUCUGGACGCCUGGAACAGAGGAAAACCUGAUGUUGUCAUGCAAUGCCUAUUUGAAAGCCUUCUAACUGUUUUAACUGCGGUAAUCAUCCGCAAUAUCUCUUGUGUCCAAUCUGCCUUUUUGACAAAUACCAAGUAGGACAUUUCAUAAGUGCAUUUAAUAUAAAUGUAUCCAAACGUUUUAUUUUAGUUUCAGAUGUUAUUUUUCAAACAGAAAUAUACUGAUAUAGCUAGUUGAGGAAGAAUGCAGACAUCUGUAUGAUUGUUUGUAGAAAU